CCGUGCCGGGGCUCCAUCGGGGGAUCAUCAGCCCGUGCCUGGGGCUCCAUCGGGGAUCGCCGAGCCGUUGAUGUGUGUGGCUCCGGCUCACCCGGGGGUCCUGUGACUCGGUUCGGACGCCGCCCGGAUGCACUCCGCUUCCCCGCAGCCCGAGAAGCCGGACAGGGAUAAGGAUGAUGAGAGUGAAGAUGAGAGCGAGGUGGUGGAGGAGAGCCCCUGCGGGAGGUGGCACAAGCGCAAGGAGCAGGUGAAUCAGGGGAACAUGCCGGGCAUCGAGAGCACCUACCUGGCCAUGGACACCGAGGAGGGGGUGGAGGUCGUGUGGAACGAGCUGCAGUUCUCUGACAAGAGGGUCUUCAAGGCUCACGAGGAGAAGAUCCGGAACAUGUUCCAGAACCUCAUGGUCAUCGACCAUCCCAACGUGGUCAAGUUCCACAAGUACUGGGUGGACAUGAAGGAGGCCAGCGUGCGGGUGGUCUUCAUAACGGAGUACGUCUCGUCCGGCAGCCUCCGGCAGUUCCUCAAGAAGACGAAGAAAAACCACAAAGCCAUGAAUGCGCGGGCGUGGAAGCGAUGGUGCACACAGAUCCUGUCCGCACUCAGCUACCUGCACUCCUGCGACCCCCCCAUCAUACACGGGAACCUGACCAACGACACCAUCUUCAUCCAGCACAACGGCCUCAUAAAGAUUGGAUCAGUCUGGCACCGAGUGUUCGCUCAUGAGCUGCCCGUCCCCGACGACCUCCGCACGCCGUUAAAGAUCCUGCAGGAAGAGCACCGCACCCUGCACUUCUUUCCUCCGGAGUACGGCUAUGUGGAGGACGGCACGGCGGUGGAUAUCUUCUCGUUUGGCAUGUGCGCUCUCGAGAUGGCGGUUCUGGAAAUCCAGGCCAAUGGGGACAAAGUGUCUGAAGAGAACAUCGGCCGGGCCGUGCAGUCGCUGGAAGACCCCAAUAUGAAGGAAUUUGUCCAGAAAUGUCUCUCCAAGUCGCCCGCCAUCCGACCCACGGCUCACAACCUGCUCUUCCACCGGGUUCUGUUUGAGGUCCAUUGCCUGAAACUCCUGGCAGCGCACACCUUCCUCAACACACCGUACAUCGCGCAGGACACCCUGCUGGAGGAGAAGACCAAGGGGAUCGACCCCCACGCCGCCGUGGCUUCCGUUCCGCAGAGAGGCCGGCCGCCGGUGCUGUGGAGAUACUCGCAGGUCUCUUCCAUAGAGCUGGACAAGUUUUUGGAAGAUGUCAGGAACGGGAUUUACCCUCUCAUGAACUUUGCGGUGUCUCGGCCCCACGUGCUCCCACGGGCCCUCUCUCAGUCGCAGGAGGAUUUACAGGCUGUGAAGACCCCCACGCCGGAGCCGGUAGAAGUGGAGACCAGAAAGGUAACCCAGAUGCACUGCAGCCUAGAACGCAGGGAGGAGAAGUCUCGGUGGCAUCUCACUCUGUACCUGAGGCUGGAGGAUAAGCUGCACCGACACCUGAGCUGUGAUCUCUUCCCCAAUGAGAGUCCGCAGACGCUGGCCGCCGAGCUCGUCCACUACGGCUUCAUUAGCGAGGACGACUGUCAGAAGAUGGCAACCUUCCUGGAAGACGCCCUGCACAAAGAGAGGAACCCGCUUCACUGACGGCUGCGGGGGGCCAACGUGCGGGGGGCGGCGGAGGAAGUGCUGCAGAGAGGAUCCGCGGGGGCCGGGUUACUGCAGGGCAGGAGGGGAGAUCAGUAGAGGUGGGAGUCCUUCUGCCCUCCCGGCGUGGGGGGCACCCUGGGCAUGGGGCAGGACUCCUUGUCUGGGUCCUGGAGCCUCGUGGAACGCGCACGGACCCCAAUACCACAGGAGAAGGACUUUACCUCCAUCCGUCCCCAGCCUCCUGGCACGCGGGGGGUUAAUCGUGCUGUUUCACCUCGUCUGUCCUCAUUUCGUCUUCCAAAAAAGGAACCUUGUGUUUCCAGUCAGUGCCUGUCCAGUGAUUAAUUACCGGUUAUUCUAGUAUUUGCCCUCAUUAACCGGACAAGCCCCCCA